UGCAUAUACCAAAUUGUGAAUCUUGGGCGGCAAAGUCGAAAUGAAUAGAGUGGGCACUCCGAUCAUCUCUUCCGUGGACAGAGUCAACCCCAUCAUCCAAACAUUGGCGAAAUACAAAUGUCAACAACCAACAACAUCCAAAAUGGUGAAGUUUCGAUUGAUCGUUUUGAUCUUCAUCUGGGUUCGGAAUGCAACGAAGAAGAACCAGUAGUCUUGGGCGUCGAUGGCGGCACCACAUCCACCAUAUGUGUUUGUAUGCCUCUUCUUCCUAUUUCCAAUUCCCACAAUCAUCUUCCUGAUCCCCUUCCUGUUCUUGGUCGCGCCAUUGCUGGUUGCUCCAAUCACAACAGCGUCGGAGAGACCUUAGCCCGAGAUACAUUGGGACAGGUGAUGAUGGAAGCCCUUUCAACCUCAGGCUCAAAGAAAUCCGCUGUUCAAGCUGUUUGUUUAGGCGUAUCAGGUGUCAAUCAUCCAAAUGAUCAAGAAAGGAUACUAAAUUGGCUGAGAGAGAUAUUUCCAAGGCAUGUGAAGCUUUAUGUUCAGAAUGAUGCAGUAGCAGCUCUUGCAAGUGGAUCCAUGGGGAAACUUCAUGGAUGUGUUUUGAUUGCAGGAACAGGGAGUAUUGCUUAUGGCUUUUCUGAAGAUGGGAAGGAGGCUCGGGCAGCUGGUGGUGGGCCCGUUUUGGGUGAUUGGGGCAGUGGUUAUGGAAUUGCUGCUCAAGCAUUGACAUCUGUUAUUAGAGCUCAUGAUGGCAGAGGUCCUCACACAAUGCUUACAGAUUCUAUCUUGAAAUCACUCAACCUUUCUUCUCCAGAUGAACUCAUUGGGUGGACCUAUGCAGAUCCAUCUUGGGCCCGCAUUGCAGCACUAGUUCCAGUAGUGGUGACAUGUGCAGAAGAUGGUGAUGACGUGGCAAAUCAGAUAUUAAAUGAUGCCGUGGAAGAAUUGUCUCUAACUGUCAAAGCAGUUGUUCACAGGCUUGGUCUCUGUGGUCAAGAUGGGAGUGGUGAAUUUCCAGUUGUGUUAGUUGGUGGGGUCCUCAUACCUAACAAAAAUUGGGAUAUCGGUCAAAAGGUUGUUGACCGUCUUAUCAAGACCUACCCUGGUGCUUUCCCUGUUCUACCAAAGGUAGAACCUGCAGUUGGGGCGGCUUUACUGGGGUGCAAUUUCUACAUGAAGGAAAAGGAGAGGAAUGGGGUUAUAUGAUCACAAUAUUUUAACGAGUUUAUUAAAUUUUAAUUGAAUUAAAGUAUACAUAUAUACACAUCUUAAACCACCUCAUUGUUGUAUCUAUUAUGUGGUAAUGGUACCUUUUUUUUUGUAUAGUAUUUGAUGACCAAAUUUGCGUAGA